AUGAGUGGCCCAACUGAAAUUAAUCUAACUACAAAUCAAACAACUACGGAGUGGCUUAGUUCGGGUUUUACCGAACCUUUAAUACUCUUGCAACUUGCUAGGUUUAAAGCCAGGACACGGGUCGGUUUGGGCGUGGGUGGCGGCGGCGGCGGUAGUCACUACAAAGUGACUACGCGCUGCGUACCCGAAGUGAGCGUAACCUCACCGACCGAUGGCCAUUAUCAUGAAUUACAGCCAUACUCAACGGCAUCAACAACAUCAUUAUCAUCAGCAUCAACAACAAACACACCGCAGUCAGCAACAGUGGCCAUAACAACAGCAACCACAACAACAACACAUACGCAUGCCAAUCAUCAGACAAGCGAACAGCAGCCAUCAAAAUCAGCAACACAACCACCGCAUCAACCACAUCAGCCACAUCAACAACAUCACCAUCAUCAACAACAGCAACACAAACAAAAAGAAAAUCAUAAACAACAAGCGCAACAACAGAAAGCACAUAAGAAAUCGAGAGCCAAGUCGAGUAGCCACGGCAACAGCAACAGCAAUAGCAAUAGCCACUGCUAUAGCAACUAUAAUUACAACAGCAACAACAACAAUAAUAAUAAUAAUAGCAAGAACAGCAUUAACCAUAGCAACAGCCAUAGCCAAAAUAGUAGUAACAGUAAAACUUUUCUACAACGCAGUAAACACACUAACAACAUUUAUUCAUCAGGAGCCACACUGGUGGAGGAGGAGGACUUCAAUGAAUUGACCGCGGUACCGACAGCAACCAUUGUGAUAGCAACAAAUGUGAAUGGCAAAGUGCGCAUAAGUCCACAAGCGACCAUCAACAACAGCAGUGCUGGUCCGGGCAUUGGCAACGGCACCGGCAAAGAGUCGGUUCGCCAGCUGCCAGCACCAUUGAAACUGACCGCCAGCACAACAACGCCAACUAGACCGACAACAAUUGCCGCACCAACGAAAAAUCUACUCCAACGCCAGAAGGCGACCCAGCAGCCACAUCAGCAACAACAGACGAGUCCAACCAGAAGCACAGCUGAGAAAUUGCUUGCACAAACUAGUGAGGAAAGUCAACCUACUGAAUUGACCCCGCUGGUGGAGACUCACGACGAUAUCACGCACGGUCAUAGUCCGACAGCACACACACCUUCCUCGAAUACAAACACCGCCAGCUCAACGCAGCGCUCCAAUAGUACCGCGAUCGCCGCGUCUGUUUCACCAACAGCUAGUGUUGGUUUAGCCACAGCAGCAACACAGUACGUUGGCGAUUUGUCGCCUGCCACAUCGGCCGCCAGCAUCAUCUCUGCAGUUGGCGUUGCGAACGCACCGAACAUUUACGGUCAGCAAUCUAGCGUACCGGCUGCACCAACGGCACCACCGCCCACAGCUGUCGCUGCCGCUGCUGCUGCCGCCGCCACCACAACUUACAGUCACAACUCGAAGACUACACGCUCCUGGCCGGUAAUCUAUAGGAAUCCACACCAUUACGAUUACGAGGCACUCUACGUGCAGGCGUCUGGCGGUAGCACAAAACCGGUGGUUGGCGCAAAUCAUCACUACCAUCACCAGCCGCAGAGUCACUUUCAAAUCGGCAGUAGCGCUUUCAAGCAGAACUGCUAUUCGAAUCAAUUUGCUCAAUCCAUUUUGUAUACGUCAAGCAAUGAGGACCUGAGCGCAAUCAAUGAGCACGGCGGCGAUGGUGUUGGUGGCGGUACAACCGGUGGCAGCAGUAAUUUCGGCGUUAGCAACGGUCCCAGCAAUCAUAAUACGAAAAACAAUACACAAACGACGUGUUACUACUUUGCGCCAAGUCGACAUAACAGCAUUUAUGAACAUCCGUCGGCUGUGGUGCAUAAUUCCUCGUUUCAAUUUGAUCCAACUGCGGCAACAACUGCAGCUGCUGCAGCGGCUUUGCGCUAA